UCGUCAAAACAUUCGAGUUUCGCACUUUGUCAGCUGUGCACGCGCUUUCUUUUUCGCCUCUCCGCUGAGAAUAGAACACACUCACAAAAUUUAAAUCGCGCCUUCUUAGCACCACUUAGUCGAAGUAGCCGUCGCCGUCGCUGCCAUCAUUGUAGUAGACCGAGAGAAUAGGGGGGAAGUGGUUAAGAACGUGGAUUUAGGCGCAUGACACACUGGGAUAGAGGAGGGUCUUUGUGUUUUGACGAAAAUAAAAUAUGUUAACAGAAUAAAGUGUAACAAAGUUGUUGGGAAGAUUUAAAAGCAAAUAAGAAAGAAAGUGAAAGAACAAUACAAAACAAAGGGUCGAAGAAAGAAUCAAUCGCGGAAGAAGACAAGUGAACAAGUUAAGUAGCUGUCAAAGUGGUGAAGUGUAUGAAAAUUGGCUGUCAGUGAUUUCCGGAAGGAAAAUUCGUCGUUGAAGCGAUAUCAAAGCAGGCCAACGAGAAUCACGUGUCCGGAAAAGGUCGAGUCGAGCAGUUCGGUCGAAUUUGUGCCAAAAUCGCCACUAUUCUGUGUUUUAUGUUAUUGUUUUGUGUCUGUCUGUUUGUGCAACCCGUAGAAUAAGAAGAAGUUAAUAUUAUUGUGCAAAUUGCGCUUGACACGAGGAAAAGUCAUAAAAACCCGUGGCCAACUAGGUCUUGUCUCGAGAGUGUCGCGGAUCAAAGUUGGCUGCCACCGGGAGGAACGACGUCGAACCGGUCGGGGACGUCCGCGACGGUGGAAUCGACCAGAACGAAGGUGACCACCAGAGUGCGAACCUGCCGCAGCAGCAGAGUUCACAGCAAAGGAUGAGCUUGAAGAAGGCGGCCAGCCGCACCAAGUCGCUGUCGCUGAGCGGCGAUGACUUCCCGCUGCGGCCGGCCAAACCCCGGGCGGCCUUCGUGACGGCCAAGCGGCCCGAGGACACGGCCAAGAUCAUGAAGUACAUCGACGACAGCGUCAUCGGGAAGGGGGUCGCGUUUCUGGGACCGUUCGGCAGAAGGAAAGUCGUCUACGCCGAUUACGCCUCGUCCGGCCGCUCGCUGCAGUUCCUCGAGGACUACAUCAACAAGGAAGUCCUGCCAGCGUACGGCGACAUCAGUUGCAUUUCGGCCGUCACCGGUCUCCAGUCACACCUGUACGACAAUGAGGCCCGCGAUCUGGUCCGAGCGGCCGUCGGUGCCAGCCCCGAGGACGAGAUCGUCUUUUGCCAUAACCCAGCGGAACGGUUGUGCUUUCUGCUGUCGAGUACCGCUAGUCAAAUGUCUUCCUCGGCGGUGGGGCCACCGAUUCUGUUUGUCAGCACGUCCGAGCCGAUUGGGAACUUGAAGUCGUGGAUCGACGGUGGGUGGCUCGUGGAGAGGAUAGCUAAGAAUCACGAGGGAUUUUUGGACUUGGUAGAUUUGGAGAAGCGCCUGCUGCAGUACUCGGACGGGAAGCGUAUGAUGGUGGGGAUGUUUUCCGGGGCAUCGAGAUUGACGGGGAUUCUGGCUGAUGAUGUUGCGACUACGAUUCUGCUGCAUCAGUACGAUGCGUUGUCGAUCUGGGACCAUAGCGUGGUAGCUUCGUGUGCUCCGAUCGUCACGAAUCCGGUGUUACCUGGAGCGCAGAAAGAUGCCAUAUUUUUCCACUGCAGUCGGAUGGUUGGAGGAGUUCAAGCUCCUGGGGUGCUGGUUAUCAAGAAGAAACUGGUUGAGAAUAGUGUGUCGUUUUUGGUUGAUACCGUUGGGGUUGUGGGAGCCGUCCGGGCAGGAUUGGUUCUGCAACUGAAGGAAUCGCUUGGAGUGCAAGCGAUCAUGCAACGAAUGGAAAAGAUUUGCAAACAAAUGCUAGCGCACGUGCGGACAAUCCCGGAGAUUGCCCUGCUAGGACCACCGUGCACUACGGCAAAACGCCUGACUACGCUGUGUUUUAUGGUUCGCCAUCCGCGAGGGGCCUUCCUGCAUCAUCGAUUUGUGGUGGCCGUGCUAAACGAUGCAUUUGGCAUCCAGGCAACGGCGGAUAAUAUGAUAGCUGAUUCGCUCGGAAUAAAUCCGGCCAUGGCCGUCGAGUACGAGAAAGUACUGAACGAUGAGUCUCUCAAGGCCGCCAGCAUCCAUCCGGGGUACAUCCGAGUUACGUUCCCGUUCUUUAUGCCAGAAGCCGAGGUGGCUUUUAUCCUGGAAGCGAUCAAGAUGGUCGCAACAGAAGCGUGGAAGCUUUUGCCACAGUACGAAGUGGACGAUCGCACGGGUGAGUGGCGUCACCACUCGAACUCCCUAGCUAAAGAGCGCAAAUGGCUCGGAGCUAUUCGGUACACCGAUGGAAAGAUGCUGUUCUCAGAUCGGCGUAUUUCCGGACCGGGAACGUUCCCACAAACGUACUCGGACUGUCUGCAAACGGCACGCAACCUGUUCAACCGAGCACGCAAAAUGGCCCAGCGAUCGUCUUCGGAAGAGAUCAUCCUCAAGCUACCGCACACUUCGGUGGAGAACCUUCGCUGGUACAUGUUGCCCGGAGAAGCGCACGAACUCCUGCUGGGUCACUCGCACAACGUCAAGAACACCGUUCCCUUUGAUCCCACCAGAAUCCCCGAAAACACCUCCCUGAUGAUGAUUCACCGGCACCACAGCCUGUCGGCGCUGGACAUCAAACGCUUCAAGAGCCGCAGCCUGCCGGCUUCACCGCUCCAGAUCUCGAUCCGUCGGCAGCACUCCAGUUCGCCCCAGCAAUCGCACAGUCCAACGCCAACGCCAACUCCGACGCCCACCUCUUCGCCACCGAUCGUGCGCUUUUCGCUCGGAUCCGGCGAAGUCACCGGUGGCUGCUACAGCCCACCGCUUCAGCAGCACCAGCAGCUGACUAGUCUGAUGACGGCCCACGACAACAGUACCAUCAGUCGGAACAGAUGCAAUAGCUGGGGAUCGUCGUCCAGUACGACGGCGUACAAUGCCGCAGGAAGGUCCGUUAGCGGCGGCGGCAGCAACAGUAACACUAACAAAACCGAAUCUACCUUGACCACUAGUAGUAGUAGUGUUGUUGGUGAUGGGCAAGAUGGUGGAGGUGAAAUCUGUGGUGAUUUCAGUUUUCUAGGUCCCCAGACGCGCCACAAUCUGGGUCUGACGUUGCAGAAGCAGCAGCAACAGCAACAGGCGCAGCACCACCAGCGUCUACCGAGUCGGAUAUCGCCGACGUACGCUCGAACUGCCAGUGUCAGCGAGCCGCGGACGCUGGUGGUGCGGCCAAAGCAGCGCUCUUGUUCCUGCAGUAGCCAGACUGACCUCAGCAUCGAUCAGAGCGAAAAUCUGUCCACUGCAGUUGCGAUGGCGACCGAUGGCUUCCAACCGACGGCGGGAAGCAGCUUCUGCAGCGAUAGCGCCGAAAACAUCCAGGCGUACGUGAAGGAGGUCACCAAAGAGCUUGCGACGGAGAUAAAGUCGGAGAUUCGCGAGGUGAUCUCGAAGGUGGAGGACGUGCUCGAGAGCACCGACAGUCUGGACAUGAGUGGGGCUACCUUUAGCUCGCUGGGGAAUGUUAGCUUCACCAACGACAACAAGCGGGACUCGAUCUCGGCGUCGGAUGUGGUCGACUACCUGAAGGAGUUCAGCAAGGGCAUGUUGACCGACGUCAAGUCGGAGAUCCGAGACGUGGUGAACUCGAUGGACGAGAUCUACUCGCCGGAUGGGAUGCUCGGGGCGCGCAAAAAUUCGCCGCCGGAUAUCCUGCGGUCAAACACGGCCGGCCCAAAACUCUUGAUCAAGCACCAAAGGCAUAGUGACGUCACGCCGGAUAGCUACCACCGGCCCAAAUCGGCUGACAUCGACAAGCACCGAUCGGAGUCGUUCCCGAGGCCUUCGCGCACUGUGGUCGCUUCAAUGGGGCCACCCUCGCAGCUCCCAAUGCCCAGUCCGGCUUUCCCGUACACUGGUGCCAUUGCAAAGACACUAGACCUGCGAUCUUCAAUGUCUUCGCAGGACUCCGGCAUCAACAUGUGCUUCAGCGAUCCGGACGAAAAGCUUCGCAGCGGUAAGGAUAGAAACCGUACCAUUUCAGCGCAACUCGAAGAGUCGUCCAGUCGGGUAGAGCUGCCUCAACGGCGCGUAAUUUCGGAAUCGGGUGCAGCUCUGUCCGGGUUUGAGUCCCUCCAAGACCACAUCUCGCGCUUACCAACCACCCCCGAAGUAGACAUUAGUGCGCCACCCUCCUCCAAGCUUAUCCGCCAGCCCAACGUACUGAAGAGUUCACCCUCGCAAGAUCAGUCGGAAGCGGUCGGCUCGUCACCGUCGGUGGAUGGCCAAGUCGCCAAGUGGCACAACCUCCCAAAGGACAUCUGGAAGCAGGCAGCCGAGGCCCUGGACGAUUUCGGCAUGAUCAAGGAGGGCGACCGUGUGCUGGUGUGCCUAUCCGGGUCGAGUUCCUCGCUCUGUUUGCUGCACCUGCUGCGCCAGUUUGUCCGCGCCCGCCACCUAACAAAUGUCACGCUGGCCACCGUCAGUUUCGGCGACUGUGGCGUCGACCCGCGCGCCCUGAUGCUGUACCUGCGAGAACUGCAGGUGGACUAUUUCUACGAGCAGACUGAAUCUACGGAAAACCUGCAGGAUAAAUUGGUCGCUUUUGCCACGCGCAAGGCCUUCAACGUGCUCGCGAUGGCCAACACGCUGGACAAGCUGGCCGAUCGGUUCCUAACCUCCCUGCUCUACCAGGGCCAGCUGCACACGACGCAGGCCGUCGCGAGCGCCAGCUCGCCGGGCGAAGGCGGCCAGGUUCGCGUGAUUCGACCCCUUUUGUACCUGCGCGAGCGCGCCCUCGAAGACUUUGCCGGCGCGGUGGCGCUGCCGUCGAGACCGUCCCGGCUCUUUACGCGCCCUCCGGACGUGGCCAACAGUAUUUUGCGCGUGCAGGAAGCGGCCAAUCCGGCCGUUUACGGGAACAUCCGCAGUGCGCUAAAGCCGCUGCUGGCGUUGAGGGUAGAGUCGACAAAGUCGACGUACGAGUCGAUAAAGGCGGCGCUCGUGUCGCGAGAUUAGCUGCGAAUGGUACAAUUCUCUCUUGAUCUGAGGUCGGAAGCCACAAAAUUACAACUAAUAGAUAGAAUAACUAAUUUUCCUGUGUAUGAAAUACUGAGCUUAGACGCUAAGUAGAUUUCUAGUUUUGUAGAUGCAAUCCAAGUGAUGUAAAAAAAUGAAGAACAUUGUAUCCUUUAGUUGUUUUAAGAAAAGUCCACGAGCGGACAGUCGAAAGGAAGAAACAAAAAGUUAGAAUAAAGAGAAAUUGUAUUAAAGUUGAAUGACAAAA